ACUGUAUACUAGGAAGUAGCCUACUGAAAUUACUGAAACGCUUUCCAUUACUUUUUGUUUUGGCAUUACGAAUGACUAUUCCUGUGUUAUUUUAAGACAAUGUAUAGAUCCUAUAUAUAUAUAUGGAGAUUAUCACAUCGGAGAUAAACAGCGCCAGAACUUCAAAGCUAUUGCCGAUCUAAGUUACUGCAAUUCAAAAACAGACGAAUAUGUUUUAAACUGUAGUAAAGAAUUGAAAAGCAAUGUUGGAACAGUAUCUUCCUACAAAUGCGUGCUGUACUUUUAGUGUUGUUUUGCACUCUUGCCCUGUUGUGGGCUCGUGCCAGCUUCGCCGAGUCUGUUGUUUACACUGCCCUGUAUGAGUCACACACGCACCGCAUGGCUGUUGGCAAUGCCUGGAGUUCAGGUUCACCUGCAACUGGUGCAUUGAACAGCGAUGGAGACGAGUGUGAUAUGGUGAUGAACCUGUCUGCCAGUCAGAGAUGCGAGUUUGUGAAGAACACACCUGACUGUGUUUCAGAUGAAGGAUUUAUCAACUACCCUUGGAUCACCUUCUGCCUCUUCCUGUCUAAUUUACUGCCCCUAGUCAUCACACUCUAUGUCCUGUGGCUGUUUGUUUUGUUCCUUGUUCUUGGGCUGAUUGCAUCAGACUUUUUCUGCCCAAACCUCUCAGCCAUCUCCUCCACACUAAGAUUGACUCAUAAUGUGGCUGGAGUGACGUUCCUGGCAUUUGGAAAUGGGGCUCCAGAUGUGUUUAGUGCCAUGGCUGCUUUCUCUCACCCUCAGACCGCUGGUCUUGCUGUUGGAGCAUUGUUUGGGGCAGGGAUUUUUGUAACAACAGUUGUUGCAGGGAGCAUUGCCCUGGUUAAACCGUUUACUGUUGCGUCCCGUCCGUUCCUUCGUGAUGUUAUAUUCUACAUGGUGGCUGUGUUUUGGACCUUCACUAUCCUUUAUAAAGGCCACAUUACCCUGGGAGAGACCGUGGGAUAUCUGGGGCUGUAUAUUGUAUAUGUUUUGGCGGUUGUUGUAAGUGCAUAUAUAUACAGUCGUCAGAAGCACCAGCUAAAUGGCUCUUUGGAGAACUCAGGCAGAGGACAGGAAGAGAUUCUUCCCACUGAUUCACAUAGAAGAAAUCUGAGUGGAAGCAUUCAAGCACAUGAUGUAGAGUAUGAGCCUUUGUUGCCUUUCACUCUAUCAACCACCCAGAUCUUCCUGAAUGCCAUUAACCCUGUGGAUAGCAGGACCUGGAGGAGACAGCGCCGGAGUGGGCGCCUCCUUAAAAUUAUAAAGGUGCCUGUAGAAGUGGUCUUACUGCUUACAGUUCCUGUGGUGGACACAGAUAAAGAGGAUCAUAACUGGAAACGUCCUCUGAACUGCUUUCACAUAAUCACUGGGCCACUAGUGUGUGUGCUCACCUUCCAGUCUGGGGCCUAUGGCUUAUACCUCAUUGAAGGAGAGCUUCCGGUGUGGGUGCUCAUAGCAUGUAUUGGAGCCUUCCUCUCUGGCAUAGUCUUCUUCACUACCACGAAUGAGCAUCCUCCUCCAUACCACUUUCUCUUCUCUCUGCUGGGAUUUGUGGUCAGCGCACUGUGGAUCAGUACUGUGGCGUCUGAGAUCGUCAGUGUGUUGCAUCUUCUGGGAAUUGUUCUCAGUCUCAGUAACACUGUACUGGGGCUCACCUUGUUAGCCUGGGGCAACAGCAUUGGCGAUUGCUUUGCAGACAUUACCAUAGCCCGUCAGGGAUACCCACGGAUGGCCAUUUCAGCCUGUUUUGGGGGCAUUAUCUUUAACAUGCUGUUUGGUGUGGGUCUGGGCUGCCUGGUGCAGAUGUUCCAUAAUGAUAAUGUCAUCACGCUGGAGCCGGAGGGCGUACUGUGCUGGGUUCUGUCUGGAGCACUGGGUAUAUCACUGGUCUUCUCCUUCAUACUGGUUCCUCUGCAGUGUUUCCACCUGAACCGGGUCUAUGGCAUUUUUCUCCUGGUCUUCUAUGUUGUCUUCCUCAUUGUUGCGCUUCUCACAGAGUUUAAAAUUAUUCACUUCUGACGUCAGCAGGGACACUAACCAAACCAGUGCAAUAACCCUCAGACUCAUGGAAUUUAUACGAUGAUUGAUUUUUUAAAAAUGCUCUGAGCCAGUAAUUACUGUACACUAGUAGUACACUAUGACCUUGAUUGAUGAAAUUGAAAUGAU